GAUUGUUUUGAGCUGGCUGCUUUUUAGUUCAGUACUCUAUUCAAAUGUUUUCAUUUGCUGGAACUACAAUUGGUAAAUAUGUCAAUUUCAACUUCUAAUUUGUAACCUAAAAAGUUGUUAUGUUGUGAAGAGAAUGAGGGAGGUGCUGGACUUAUUACUAACAUGAUGACUCAAUCCGAAGUGUAUGCUUCAGAAUCUCUGUUUUAAGUGCCAAACAAAUGAGUCUGUGUGUGAGUGUUUCCUUCUAUUUGGGAAGAGAAGUGGGCGGGGGUAGGUAAAUAUCACUAGAAUGCUUAUAGUGCUUCUCAUUCAUUUAAUUGUUUUAUGCCCGCAUGGACAUGGCUGUAUCUAAGAAAUCUUUUCUUCCAGUCUCUCGUAAAGAGGAAGUCGACUCUCCAGAUAGUUGCUGCAUUGAUCCAAUUGACCUGAAUAAGUUCUUUGAAGAUGAUGGCAAGAUUUAUGGUUAUAAGGGCUUGAAGAUAACUGUUUGGCUCAGUAGCAUAAGUUUUCAUGCAUAUGCUGAUAUUGUUUUUGAGAGCACCUCUGAUGUAAGUAUUCUUUUCUCUUUUGGUAGUUAAAAAAAUCGCCACAGAAACUGUAGUGAAGGUGUAUUACACCUCUAGUGUAUCAAGGCUGAGCCUUCAGAUAUAACUUUUAGAGGGUGUGUGAUUCUUACUGUUGAUAUUGUGACAAAAAAGAGCAUUUCUGCUCAAAGACGAUCACUAUAGAAGGAUGUUCCCAGUUGCUCGUUCACUUUUAUUUUUAGUCUGCUUUGUGGUGUUUUGUUCUUAAAACUAUAUUUUAUUGUUAGUGGCAUUUAAACUGAAUAGAUUUUGCCUUAUUUGUCAAGUUUAACUGCACAAUGAUCGAAUGUUUAUGUACCUUGGUGAGUAAACUCAUUUUUUUUCAUCUAAUGUUCUUACUUUGUUUAUUAUGUUUUUCAAGGGAGGCAAGGGUAUCACAGAUCUCAAAUCUGCUCUUAAGAAUAUGUUUGCUGAAAACCUUGUUGAGAAAAAAGAGGAAUUUCUAAACACAUUUUCCAGUGAGCGCCUGUAUAUUAAAUCUGUUAUAUCAUCUGGGGUGGCAUUAGAACAGCCAACUGCUAAUGGACGUAGCAGUGAUUCUAGCAAAAAUUCAAAAGGAGAGGCUUCUGACUUUGAGGUAUUCAAAGUUGCUGGUGAACCAGUUGGGCACCUUUACAGUCGAUUAGUGCCUCUUGUCCUUCUCCUCAUCGAUGGUAGCAAUCCUAUUGACAUCAAUGAUCCCAGAUGGGAAAUCUAUAUGGUGGUUCGGAAGACAGCAGAUCUCCAGGAGGAUAUUGGUAUUAAUAUGAUUGGAUUUGCCGCAGUUUAUCGCUUUCAUCGAUAUCCAGAUAGCCAACGCUUGCGACUUGGACAGAUAUUAGUACUACCUCCAUACCAGGGGAAAGGUUAUGGUGGUAGCCUUCUGAAGGUCCUCAACAAUGUUGCAGUGUCAGAAGAUGUUUAUGACCUGACUGUUGAAGAGCCAGAAGAUUCCCUUCAACAUGUUCGCACAAAGAUUGAUUUGCAACGUCUGCUUGUUUUCAGUCCAAUACAGAAUGCACUUAGUGCGGUCGUGUCACGUAUAAAAUCUGAAAAUCCUUCAAAGAGGAGUGAGCCCUGCCAAUAUGGCCCACCCCGGAGUGCUGUUGAAGAUGUCAGGAAGAGCUUGAAGAUUAAUAAAAGACAGUUCCUGCAGUGUUGGGAGAUUCUCCUCUAUCUUGGACUAGAUCCCAUUGACAAGUACAUGGAGUCUUACCGUGCAAUUGUUACAGCUAGAAUAAAGACAGAUAUCAUAGGAAAGGAUUCUGAAGUUGUUGGGAAGCGGAUUAUUGACGUUCCUACUGAAUUUGAUCAAGAAACAUCAUUUGCUAUGUUCAAGUCACAGAAUGGCAAUGUUACAGGGAGCGAGAGUGACGGAGCUAAGAGUAACCAAGAGGAAUCUCUUCGGCAACUAGUUGAUGAAAGGAUGAAAGAGAUCAAAUUGAUUGCUGAGAAGGUAUCCAUGUCGACGAGAUGAGGAACAGCUUCACCAGUUAUCCACUAUUUUCAUCCCUUCCUGUUGCCCCUGACUACUUAUAGUCCCAUUAUUGAUCAUACCGUUCAUUGUAGGAGCAUCUUUUGCUGCUCUGCUGCUUCAGAUUAAUGACCAUCUCUUCUUUACCCUUAGAAUGACAUUUUUUUACUAAUAUUUGGCUGUAAUUAUCUCCUCUUACAUUUCCGCUUUCCCAUUUCUAAAAUGGAGCGUACACUUAUAAUCAAUGUUAUUUUAGAGAGUUGUGUUUUCA